UCAACUCCGGGUCUUCUCACACACACAUACACAAAACACCAAGAACACACACUAAAUUCGGAGAUUUCGAGUUGAAGCAAUGGGAGAAGGAGAUUGCAGGCCGCUAGGGUUUCUGAUCGGAUUACCAUUCGCUUUGAUCGCAUUGGUCAUCUCUGUUAUCGGUGCUGUGAUUUGGAUAAUUGGAUCGGUGAUAAGUUGUUUAUGCCCUUGUUGCUGUUGUUGUGCUGGACUUGCAAAUUUAGCAGUGGAUCUCAUCAAGCUUCCGAUUAAAGUUCUUAGAUGGUUUACUCAUCAGAUCCCUUGUUAAUUAGUUCUAGACUUUUCUUUUCGAUUAUUAAUGUUAAUCCUUCUAAACAUACUUUUCGUGACAUGAACAUGAUGAGAUUUUCUCGAAUGUUCUUGAAUCGUAUUUAGAAGGAUUUGUAGGAGAAGUUGUAACGAUUUUUAUUUAUUUUUAUUGGAUUAAUGACAUUAUUUAGUA